AUGCCUUCUAAUAUUCAAGUGUUCUUCCCCAAGGAGAGCAUACCAGCCCUCUAUCCAAACGAAAAAGUCGGCGAACGUGUCACUACGUACGCUGAGAAACACACUUCCACGAUACCUCGGCAUAUCAUCGACUAUCAUGAUCACAUUAAAAUGACACAGCCUAAGACGGCCAAUUACAUGAUCUCCAUCUCCGAAGCCCAGGCACUGGUGUUUUUAGCUCGUACUGUUGGCGCUAAACGAGUGCUCGAAAUCGGAUCAUAUGUUGGCCUUUCCAUGCUCGCGUGGAGUCAUGCUGUCGGAUCCCAGGGUCAUGUUACAGGUCUCGAGUUUGAGCCGUCUUUUGCUCAAAUGGCUAAAGAGGCGUUUUCUGCCAACGGAGCCCAGAACACGGAGUUGGUCGUUGGCGAUGCUCUUGAAACCUUGCAAAACUUAGCACCAUCUGAACCGUACGACAUCAUAUUUAUCGAUGCGCAAAAGACGGGCUACCCGAACUAUCUCGCUACCAUCCUUCGACUGUCACAACCGGCUGCCGCAACCCGUCUUCUUCGCCCGGGAGGUCUUAUCAUUGCUGAUAACGUCCUCCGAUGCGGCUUUGUGGCCGAUGAUAGUGAGGAUAACCCAUGGCGAAACUAUGACUUUGGGCCGCAUAGAAAGGAGUAUUGGAAGUCUGCAGACGUGCAGUCUGUCAAGGCAUACAAUCAAUCGAUUAUAGAAAGCGAACGGGUGGAGAACUGGCUGUGUCCUCUUUGGGACGGAGUCAAUAUGAGUCGAUUACUGGACUGA